AUGGCAAUAAAAAGAGCAGCUGCAGAUGAAAUACGUACCGAAAAGAAGAAGAUGAAGAAGGCUGCUGAUGAUCAAGAUCAUAACCUCGAUGAUAAUCUUAAUGACGUGAUAGAAAACGAGAUCUUACCAAGACUUCCAGCCAGGUCCAUAUGUCGUUUCAAGUUUGUUUCCAAACACUGGAAAUCCUAUCUAUCAACACGUAUGUUUGGAAAGAUGCACCGCCUGUUUAACAACAACAAGAGCUAUAAACUUCUCUUACUUGACAAGCCCCGCUGCGAAGCCCUGAUCAUCAACCACCACCACGGUCCAUCACUUCCUGUUGGUUUUCAUCUGCUGGAAGAAGCUGAUCCUAGAUUUGAUUUGGUCAUAGCAACCUUGGAUGGAUUGGUGUGCGUAUCCUCCAUGAAAACCGUCAGCAGUCUAGCUUUAUGGAACCCGUUGACCCGUGCCUACUACAAGUUGCCGCCUCUACUCCCUGCAAAACGUAAUUUACCCUAUGACCCUAGUAUCGACGUCAUUGGUUUUUAUUCCGACUCCUCCAAUGACUAUAAGCUUCUAUAUUUGGUUUUUAUUGGGGCUGCCUACUACCAGGCUUAUGUUUAUUCCCUAAGAUUGAAUUCAUGGAAAAGGAUUGAAUUUGUCAUUGGAAAACGAGAGUGUUACAAUUGGUCGCAGGCCACCUUCUGUGACCACAGUCUUUACUUUUGGGUAAGACGCGAGCAUAGAGACAGGGAUGGAUUUUAUUAUCAUGAAUGCAUCAUUUGUUUUGAUGUGAACACGGAAGCCUCCAGGAUAAUACAAGUUCCACCUGUUCCAAGUGGUGCAAUAGCUAAUUAUUCGUGUUUGGUGGCUAUCGAAGGAUGCAUUCACCUGUGUGCAGCCUAUUAUAUCACAGGUGCAGUAAAAAUGGGAAAGAUGUGGAAGUUGAUCAAUAAUAAUAAUGGUGAUUCGUGGGUGGAGGUGGCGUUUUUCCCAGGCGGUGCCGCUCCAUCAGUCCCGGUUCUGCCCAACGUAUGCAUAACUAGGAAUGCCCGGGAUGGUUGGCUUGCGAUUAAGGAGGGCGACAACAACUCUUUUGAAAUAAUGAAUAAUAAUAUGGAGGAAUUCACCUUAACACAACAUUCGCUUUCUUAA